UCCCCCGCCCCGCUCUCGCGCUGGGUAUAGAGUCAGACGAGGUACGCGGCGUCUUUAAUAUUUAAAGCUGUUUAUUGUUAAUUUUUAAAUAGAUUUAAAAAUUUUACAGCCAUGCCGAGCCUCUCGAAGACGGUGGGCAGCAAGAGGGAAGAGCGCGCCGUGGGAUACAUGAGCCGCUUCGCGCUGGAGCGAGACGAAAGCUCGGACGCCGGCAGCAGCCUUUCCGCUACCGAGGACGAUGACGCCUCCUCGGAGCUUGAUGAGACUGAUUGUGAAAGGAGAAGGAUGGAGUGUCUGGACGAGAUGUCUGAUUUGGAGCAACAAUUUAUGGACAUCAGAGACCAUAGGCUUUACCGUGAGCGCCUCAACCAGGUGGACAGCAAACUGGAAGAGGUGACGGCAGAGAGGGGGCCAGAGUACAUGGAGCCCCUCAAUGCCCUGAGACGAAACAUGGAGAUCCGCACAGAGGUGGCAGGCGUCUACAGAGAAUUGUGCCUCAUUGGUGUAAAAAACAAGCAUGAGUGUGAGAAGCAGGCAGCCAUGCAAAACCUGCAGAAUGAAAAGGUACUUGUGUUUGAAGCUCUGCGUGGGGAUCUUGAAGAAAGAAUCCGCCGUCUGGAGGAGGAUCGAUGCAAUGCAGACAUCACAUCUGAACAAUGGGGUGAUGACGCGCCCUCCAAGUGGAACAAACGAAAGUCCGAUGUCUUUGGUGCUGCGAAACGAAAGAAGCCCGUGACUGUCGCAAGCCCGUACAUUGUCUACAUGCUGAAGGAGGUGGAUAUACUGGAAGACUGGACUGCAAUCAAAAAGUGCUACAACAACCACUACCCGCACUGGAGGGGCAUUGGUCAAGAGAACAGGUGGAACCAAGACUGAGCAACUUUGAAGGACUUAAAGAAAGGAUGUUCCUUCCCCGAUUACUGGGCAUGCCGGGAUGCUAUAUUACGUUGAGUGUGUGUUUUUGACAUGGGGGUGGGGGGCGAAACAAUCGCGUUGAUUUGUGUGCCUACCAGAAAACUAAGUGUUUGGCAUGUGCUGUAUUAGGAGGGCUCCCCCCCCCCCCACUCCUCUCACUGAUCAUAACCCAUUGUAUAGGCAUGCGGGUUCUAUUAAUGGCGAUAUGCUGUGCAUUUUGUGCCAUUGUGCUGUCAUUCACAAGAGCUGUGCACUGCACAUGUUGGAGGGUGCAGUUGCUCACUUGUUUUCCCACGGGAGACUUUCGCUAUAUGAGAAUCUGUUUUAAUAGUGAGCUGUAAGUACGGUUGUAUUUCUUUUGCCUGCCGCACACGGGUCAAUAUUUGUACGCGUUCAUUCAAUGUAGUUGCUAGUCUUUGUAAGUGUUGAAAAUGGUGCUGAGUUGUGCAUUUCCCAACAUUUUGAAGCCCUUUAAAGACAUUUCAGGGAAUGGAAAUUAAUCCAUUGCAUUAUGCCCUUGGAAAUUUUGGUAAGGACCAACACACCAGUAGGUUUAGUAAACUAAUGUCAAGUAAGGCAGAGGUUGCAGUAGAACUUUCACCUGAAACCAAUUGAGGCCAACACGUGAAACUUAAUGGCAUAAUUAACUACUUUGAAUUUGGUAGGAAAUUAUGCUUAAAUUAUUGAUUUUGUGAUUCAUGUAUAGAUGUGCAGUGUUUUACGUGUGUAAAUAGCCAUUUUGACAUUGGUAUAUUCAUUCUUGUGCAGUAUAAACAUUUUUAUGCAAUGCAGUUUUUAAAAAAAGAAGUGGUUUUUUUUCAACUAUCGAGGUAAUGUUGAGAAUUUAUUUUCACAGCUAAGUCAGCUUUGUUUAGGAAUGACCUGAUUGGAUUAUAUUGAGAUAUAUAUAUAUAUGCAGCCAUUGUGAGGAUUUGUGUUGCAGUUACAUUUUGUUGGUGCACCGUUGAGAUUUUGCAUUCAAACCUGACCGACGAUUAUGAUCCGAAGUGUCGCCGAUUGAUUAUCUCAGCCGGUCACGAAUGACAGCACGCCAAAAAAACCUCCAUGACAUUACAUUUGAGCGUUCGUUUAAAUCGGAUGAAUUCUUUCUCCUUAGACUCAGACAUUUCAUUUUACUUGGCAUGCGAUGAGCACUCGUUGCAAAUCAUUUAAAAGGUGUGCCUCUCGUGCGGAUAAGAAGUAGUUCUUGAACAUUUUUCAGGGCCAUUCUAUGAAUUUAACAUAGAAAUAUCGUCUCGUAACAAUGCCAAUACCGCAAUUGGAUUGUUACUGUGAGUAAAAAGCAAACAAUUGCAAGAAACUUUUAUUUAAAACUAAUUAAAUAGUAAAACGGGUAGAGAGCAGCCGUUUUGAAGCAAGAUGAAUAUAAUAAAUAGAAAAUAAUUACAUUUGACAAGAUGAAAUAGAGCUGAUCUUGUUACAAAAGUUGUCACCAGUGUUGCCCUGCUCGUACAAACGAUGGUGCUCAUUCCUGUCCUUUGGGCCUGCGGGAAAUUCCACAUUUUCAAUGCAUGACUCAGUAUCUUGGAGAACACCCACCAUGGGAAUGAUAACGCGGUUAUGUAUUCUAUCAUAAUAUAAAAAGGGCGAUAUAUUCACGAAAAAAGUCCAUGGCUAUGGCAUUGGCUCGUGUUCAUUUAAAACCGAAACAAAAGUCUUGUCAAACUGCAUUGAAAUCAUAGCCUCAUCGUCCUUUUGAAUGACCCAAGUAACUAGUUUCAAACGUUUUUUUUAUUUUAAUUAUGGGUUGUAAUACUGACAAAUGGAUUAACCUUGAAAGUGAAAAUGAGCAAAGCUAUUUUUAUAAAUUGCGUGGCCAUUUCGUGUAACCGUUUAGCAAAUGUUUUUUUCCCCCUUUCCUCUUUUAAGCGGGAAUAGCUUGUGACCCCGUGUGUGUGCACCAUGUGUAUUAUCUCGUACGUAAUAUUAGUGUCUGUUUACAGUCGCCAGCAAUGGCACGAACGUGUGCAAUAUGACGGGCCCGGUGAAGUGUAUUUAAUGUGGACUUGGUGGUGAUGGUGAACUCCGUCUUGGAAAGAGAAGUCAUCCGAUCAAAUAAGUUCGUCAUGUAAUCUGUUUAACUGUUUAUACCAUAUUUGAAUAAUGAGAUACAAGUAUAGAGUGUACCGUAAUACAUUUCAUUAGUUGGUAGACGAUUUUGCUUUGAGUCACGUCAAGUAUAGUUAGAUUGUGAGUGUACGUCACAUAUAACACGAUGUAACACAAUUUUGUUCCUGGGUACUAAUUCUUAUUUUUUUUUAUUGCGUGUGCCUAAAAAGUAUAUCAAAUGGAUAGUAUUCCCUACUAACUUUGCUUUUGUGACCAGGACUUUAUGGGAACGAAAGACACAAAUUCGCCCGUUUUCUCAUUGAAAAUAGGUACAUUUCAAAAUAUCACUGUCCUGGUCACAAAAGCAAAGUUUGUGGGGAAUAAUAGCCAUGUUCUGUACUUUUGAGGCAUACGCAAUUAGGAAAUAACACUACCCAAGAACAAAAAAAAUGUUGUGUUACACAGCGUAUAAUUACCGCGGUAAGUUUACUAACCAAUAAAGUACUGACGAAGAAAUGCUGACCUCCCAAGUUGGGAGGUGGCUGAUGUGUUAUUGGCCACGGGAAGAGGACAAGGUUGGCUGGUGAUGGCGUGAGCCCUGCAAUUGCGGUGCAGAGGGAGUGGUUGCGCUGGUGCUACUUUACCAGGAGACGUUACUUAUUGGCCUUUUCCAUCACUCGAUGAAUUGCCGUGGGUUCGGGGCAGAGAUCGCAAACGGGUUUUGAUUCCUUACCUGUGCCCGGCCGCACCAGGGUCGCAAACGGGUACCCGUACCCGGCCGUACCCGUACCCUACCCGUACCCAGCCGGGUACAGGGUAUCGGGUACCUGAUUGCGACCUCUGGGAUGAAGCCAUGUUGCAGGCGCGGGUGGGUUGAUUCUAGGAACUUGAAUUGUGAGAAGAGACAAGACGUUGGGAAAUGAGUGACAAACAGUUACUCACCAGUGACUCACGGCCUACCCGUACCCGGCAGCACCAGGGUCGCAAACGGGUACCCGUACCCUGCCGGGUAGCCGGGUAUCGGGUAGGGUACGGGUAUCGGGUACCCGGUUGCGACCUCUGGUUCGGGGUGACAAUUCGUUUUGCUCACUGCCGCGCACAUUUUUCUUGUAUGUAUCUCGGUUGUGCUUUGCAGCCCCCUGCCGCUUGUUUUCACUUCGUUGUACCCCGCUGUGCGUGCCGUUUCGACGCAGUGCUCGGAUGUUCCUCUCCAUGUGGCUUGGGGAGCAAUUCCGGAAGCUCCCAGCCACGUGGAGCAAAAACGUCAAGACGGUCCUAAUAACAACAACAGCACGCGUGCUACAAACGAAACCUGUGUGGUGUGCGUCGACUCUGUAAUGCUGCAGAUUUCCACCAAUCGAGUCGCGUGCGUGAAUUGAAGAUAGUGCGUUCUUGCACACAAUGGCACGGAGUGCUACAGUGGGUAGUUGAAGAACGCUUUGUUAAUUGGUGAAUUGUUAAGCGCAAAAGCCUCGUUAUUUGUCUGGACGGAGAUGGUGGUACAAUGUUACGAGGCUGUUGUAAUGUCAUGCAGGGGAGAGGUGGUGGGCGCAACAAGUGUGUACACGUGCAGCCGUUUUGUAUGGGGACCUCCCCAAGCCGCUUGGGCCGCGGGGGUUAUUCGAGAAAACUUCCAACGCUGUGUCGGUGCAGGUUGGUUAACGGCAGGGCUCCUAUACGCGGGAUCAUAUGAAGGACGGUACAACAAUGGGAAUGUUCUGCGAUGCUGCUGCGAACAUGCUUUGUCGGCCAUGCACGUCACUCGACGAGCACAGCUUGGCUUUCUCGGAGCUGACGAGAUCCGGCGCAUGCCGGGCGAUUUGGUGAUGUUCUCCAAAUGUCGUGCGCGUAAGAGCGGUGGUUGUUCACCCCGGGGGGCACGUGGCAAUGUCCCGCGGGGUUACGCGAGUUGGCUUAUAAAUUCGUGAAAUUGUGUCGUGAGAGUCGUUGGUGAGCAAUUUUGUAUGACUGCCAAUGUAAAAUAACUAUGAUAAAAUGUAAAUCCAGAUGGUUCCCUGGAACGAUAUGAAAGACGGUUGAACACGCAGUAGGAGGAGGCUUUCGCGACCAAUAUCAUCCAUAAUAGAGGUUUUU